AUGCAGAAACUGGGCAGUCAAGCUAAGCUCGCACCUGCGAGGAAUUUCCGCAGGUGCGAAAGCCACAUGUGCGAUCCACAAAGGAGGAGGAAUAUUACUCUUUCUGUCUCUAACGGGUGCAACUUGCUAUCCCAGCCGGUGGAGCUUGCUAAUUAUCUGAAGCCUUUGGCUUUAGAGAAAGACUGGGAAAAGAUUCAGGUUCUCUUGGGAGAGUGUUUGUUGAACAACGCCAUGCACAACGCAGCAACGGCCAACUUUCUUGCUUCCGAGGGCCUUCAGAGGUUGAUUCGUAAAAAGGAAGAAAUUACCUCUGCUCAGGAUCAGCUUUUGGCAAAGCAGGAGUAACAUGUCGCUCGCCUUUCGGAACUAGAAGCCAAAGCUGCUGAGGCUGUUGUAUUGGAAGCUCGUUUGCAGAAAAGUGGGCAAGAAGUGGUAACCCUUAGCCAAGAAAUUAGCCCGCUGAGGGUUAUAUUUGACGAAGCCAGCGCCAAAUGGGUUGAAGUUCAUAACGUCAUUCUUGCUGCAACCGAACGCGAGGCUGCCUCCGAUGAAAGAGAUAUCAACUUAGAGGUAGCCUUGAACUCCAAAAUUGAAGAGCUUGCUGCUACGGGGGCGAAACAUGCCCAUCUGGAAGAGAAGUACAGAAAACUAUCGAGCAUAAUAGGCUUUUUAGUUCAACUGUCUGCGACCUUGAUGUUAGCCUUAAA